UGUUGAUGUAGGAAGGCACAGGAACACCCUCAGACAGAGACCACUGGCUUGACCACUGUAGCAAAUUCUUCCCCACCCAAGCCUCCUGAGAUUAACAGUUCUUUAGCAGCCCGUAACUAAAUCACAGAAACUACAUGCCGAACAGUGAGUUGUCUCCUUGAGAGGACGUGCUGAUGAACUAGUCUCGACGCCGGCCGUUCGGACAGACGGAGGGACGGCUGCAGUGGACGUGAUGAGUGGCCCCAUGAGUGUUUUCUGGUGAAUGGAUCAGGGUGAGCCGUGAAGAUGCGUUGCCUGGCAGCCCGCGUCCACUACAAGACGCUGAUUGUGAUCUGCGCCCUUCUCACGCUCAUCACCGUCCUGCUGUGGAACAAAUGCUCCACCGAGCGACCGCUGCGCUUCCUGCCCAGGCCCCAGCCCGCCCCCAGCCCCAAGGACGAUGACGGCGGCCUCCUGCAGCAGCCCCCGCAGCCCCCCGAGCCCCCGCCCGUGGUCGGGGGGGUCAAGUACGAGGAGAUCGACUGCCUCAUCAACGACGAGAACACCAUCAAGGGCCGGCGAGAGGGCGGCGAGGUGUACCUGCCCUUCAGCUGGAUGGAGAAGUACUUCGAGGUGUACGGCAAGGUGGUGCAGUACGACGGCUACGACCGCUUUGAGUUCUCGCACAGCUACUCGAAGGUGUACUCCCAGCGCGAGCCCUACCACCCCAGCGGCGUCUUCAUGUCCUUCGAAGGCUACAACGUGGAGGUCCGCGACCGAGUCAAGUGCAUCAGUGGAGUAGAAGGAGUGCCUCUGUCCACGCAGUGGGGACCGCAGGGCUACUUCUACGCCAUCCAGAUCGCCCAGUACGGCCUGAGCCACUACAGCAAGAACCUGACGGAGCGGCCGCCGCACCUGGAGCUGUACGACGCGGCGGAGGAGCGGGACAGCCGGCCCGGCGCCUGGACCGUCCCCAAGGGCUGCUCCCUCAGCCGCGUCUACGACAAGACGCGCGCGUCCUCGGUCCGGCAGUUCAGCGCGCCAGAGAAUUCUGAAGGUGUCUCUCUUCCGCUGGGAAACACAAAGGACUUCAUCAUCUCCUUCGACUUGAAGUUCGUGUCCAACGGGAGUGUCUCCGUCGUCCUGGAAACCACGGAGAAGGGCCCUCCGUUUGUCAUCCACUACGUCACCACCUCGCAGCUCAUCGCCUUCAAGGACCGCGACAUCACCUACGGCAUCGGGCCCCGCACCGCCUGGACCACGGUGACCCGGGACCUCCUGACCGACCUGCGCAAGGGCAUCGGCCUGUCCAACACCAAGGCGGUCAAGGCCACCAAGACGAUGCCGCGGCGCGUGGUCAAGCUGGUGCUCCGCGGGCGCGGCGCCGUCGACAACGUCACCAUCGCCACCACCGCGCACACGGCCGCCUUCUUCGCCGCCAGCGACUGGCUGGUGCGCAACCAGGACGAGCGCGGCGGCUGGCCCAUCAUGGUGACGCGCAAGCUGGGCGAGGGCUUCCGCGCGCUGGAGCCCGGCUGGUACUCGGCCAUGGCGCAGGGCCAGGCCAUGUCCACGCUGGUGCGCGCCUACCUGCUCACCCGCGACGACGUCUACCUGCGCGCGGCCCUGCGCGCCACGGGACCCUACCGCAUGCCCUCGGAGCAGCACGGCGUCAAGGCCGUGUUCAUGAACAAGUACGACUGGUACGAGGAGUACCCCACCACGCCCAGCUCCUUCGUGCUCAACGGCUUCAUCUACUCGCUGGUGGGCCUGUACGACCUGGCCGAGACGGCGGGCGAGAAGCUGGGAAGGGACGCCGGGCAGCUCUUCGGCAAGGGCAUGGAGUCGCUCAAGGCCAUGCUGCCGCUCUACGACACGGGCUCCGGCACCAUCUACGACCUGCGCCACUUUAUGCUGGGCUCGGCCCCCAACCUGGCCCGCUGGGACUACCACACCACGCACAUUAACCAGCUGCAGCUGCUGGGCACCAUAGACAACUCGCCCGUCUUUAGGGACUUCGUCAAGCGCUGGAAAAGCUACCUAAAGGGAGGAAGGGCCAAGCACAACUAGGGCUGCUCACCGCCACCCAGCUGGGGGGGAGAGGAGGAGGAGGGGGGGUGGAGGGCAGCGCACCCACCUGCGGACAGUCCAGUCCAGUCCAGUUCAGUCACACCGUGGCCAGUGCUGGAAACGGAACGCAGGGUCCAAUUGGUGAAAGUGGUGCGUUGCGCGUUCCAGCCUAGAGAAGUUACUGAACUCUUGUUAGUAGUGUGCAGUUUUCUUUCCUGAAACUGUAAUUGCAGUGCUUAUCUUUGCUGUGAUAGAGGUAAUGCAUACAAAGAAAUGUGGCUUCCAGCAGUUUGCCGUUUCCUGAUGGGGUCGGGGUGAGGAUUUAUUUUAUUCUCGAGUCUACACUAGAAAUCUUCAGGCCUGGAAUAUACAGUGAGUUAUUAACUCCCGAGAUGUCUGGGCUCUUUUUUUUUCUGAUGAAAAAGUUGAAAGUAAGUGUAAGAAUUGUUUAUUAUUAGUGAGCUAAAACCAAACAUAUUAACACGAGUAAUUACGGAUAUAACCGAAGCAAAUUCUCUAUUAUGAUAGAAGCCCAUCAAAAGUAUCAAGAAGGAUACCUUCUUGUGUGCGAAAAAGAUUGCCUUUUAUAUGGACAGUAAUUUUCCAGUAACUGAGAGAGGUCCCUGGUUUUAAAAAACAAAAAACAAAAAAAUCUAUAAAUCUUCUCAUUUUGGGUGAGCCUAGUUUAGCGGCGUAUUUUGCUACGAGUGAUCUUCCUUUGUUGUGGGAAUUCUUUCCCACUCCGUGCUGUGCAGUAGGCCUCUCCCCGAGGAGACUAGUCCCAGUUCGGAAUAGCUUUGUUAGCCCCCUCCAUAACAUGGCCCCCCUGUUGAGUAUAGAGCCUCACCACAAUCACCUUGUGUCUGUUUUGAUGCUGCAGUAGCAGGGCCUGCAAUCCGGUUAGGGGUUUCGGUGCGAUGUUCUCAGGUUAGCGGGGAUUGGUGGUUUUCUAAAACGGUGCACUUGCGAGGCGCCCGGGCGAACGCCUGAAGGCUUUGCCCACGACCGGCUGUCAGCAAACGCUCCCCCUCAAAGGCAGGAAAUUGUGGCUUUGGGAUGAGAGAAAAAAAAAAAACUACUAAAUCUGCCCUCUUUAGUUGUUGAAGGAGGAGCUUGGAGUGUAAACCAAGACAACAAAGGGAAAGGAUUAGCACAUUUGGCCUAUACUGGCUUGGGAACUUAGCCUAGCAUGACUGUAACGUUAGAGUUGGGUUCCCCUCAAUCGCCUCCUCUUUGGUCAGUGGCAGGCAGAUCUUGAGACGAGCUGAAAUCGAUUUGCAAUGACGAAGACAAACUAAAAAAAAACCAAGAAAAAAGGAAGAAAAAUUCACAGUGAUGUUGUAAAAGGCCUGUUCUGUUUUGAAGGUUGCGACUUCAAACCUCUUCUCAUCUUUGCUUCAAGUUGAAGACUUUGCACUUUACGUGUGUGCUAGUGAUGCCUUGUAUGAAUCUCUCGACACAUUUCUCCAGUCCUGUAGUCCAAUAGCAGUGGUUUUCAUUUGCAACGUUUGUUUGUUUCUCCAUUUCAAACUCCCUUGCCUUUCAAUCCUUCCGAACACAGAGGAGAAAUAGUAGUACAUAAGGGAAUGGUUUCAGAAUAAAGCAUUAGCCUAGCUUUGUUUACUUCAGUUUAGCACUGACUCAUGAAGCCUUUAGCUGACUUGUUCAUCAUCAUUGGAACGAGAUGCUUUUGGCAGCUGGAACUCAAUGGUAGCCUAAUAACCCCACGCAACUUUCCAUCUCCUUUUGUUAGAUUCUCUUACUCGAGUUAGUAAGAUACCUCACCAUUUAGAUGCAUGGUCUGUGUUUGUGGAUGUGUGUGUAUGCCUUUGUGGCUCUGUUGUGUGUGUGUGUGUGUGUAGGGAUGGAUGUGUGUAUCUAUGUGGUUAAAACAACAAUACAGCCUCAGCUUAGUCGCUGGCAAAUACAGCAAGCAAACAAGCGGCUUGUUGGUGUCAUUACAGCGGCCCGGAGGAUUGUCUGGCCAUCAGCGUUGGCCGAGAUGUUCCCCGGGCCCGUGCAGCCAAUGACAGCUGGUCUUUUUUCCUCAUCCCUUGUUUGCGACGGCUUAACCUGUUUAAUCUCUGGGCUUUGAUGCUGCAUUGUGAGUUAGCGAGGAGGUGGAUGCGAGGCUAGCCCUAACACCACUAGCUAUAGCUAAUAGCACUGGGGAGGUGGGAUUAGAGUGCAUCUCAAGAUGUGUGUUCAUCUGUUCCCGUGCGGUCAGAGGAACGGAAUAUUACAGUCCAGUCAUGCCUGGCUUAAAGGCAGAAUAUAAUACGCUGGGUUGCAGUGUUCAAUUCCAUUCACAUCGACAGUUAUGGUUUUAAGAUUCAAGUGAGCAAGUGUUUCAUUUUUUUUCCUUUUUCUUCAUCUUUUUUAACAUCAUCAUUCCUUUUUCAGUGUCCAUAGGAAAGAUAAGAAUAUUACAACAGAAUUAUCUUCAGUCUGGCGGCUGGUUCUAGAACCACGCUGUGCCACUCCAUCAAAGAGUCCUCAGUCACCAGACUUCCCACUCUUCUUUUGUGCCUGAAUAAUUCAAAGCUUUCCACUGGUCAGAAGAAAUUACCAAGAUCUUCCACUCACUCACUCACACACUCAUUCACUCAUUCAUUCUUUCAUUCAUUCAUUCACUCAUUCUCUCACUCACUCAGUAGUCUGGUUGAGUACUGUUCCGUUUGGUCUGUUCUCUGUGAGUCGGCGGCUGGCUGUUGUCUGACAGACGUCAGAGGGAUGUCCAGAUGUGCAUUGUUUGCAUUUUGACGAUGCUGUCGGUCCUGACAAGGGCGCGGCAGACUGUAAAAGAUCCUUCUGAUGGGGUCACGUCAGUCCACCUCUGCGAUGACCACGUCCCUGGCAUGUCCAUCUGUCUGCCGUCUAGGAUGCCAAACUACUCUAAACCCCGUGAGAGUCCCACAGCUACGGCCUCUCCGCUAUCAGACUGCGCUGCUGAUGGGUUUUUUUCCGACACAGCCCAUUUGUUGAGCUCAUGACACUAGGGUUGAGGGGAGCCUGAUAGCGUUCACAUUUUUAUGAUUAUUGUUUUUUUUUUUUUUUCCAUGACUAUUACUAUGCACAUUCGCCACACAAUGGGACUAAAAGCGCAGUAUGUCUUUUUAAAGGGAAACUAAAACAGUUACCACAAGGGACUGUACAGCUUAAUUUUUUUUUGUUUAUACCAAAGUCUUUAAAAAAGCCUGGCUAUUUCAUUUCACGUGUCAUUGUUUUUGUUUAUAUGCUAAUGGUGCCAUGGAGCAUUUGUUAGCGUUCGGAAGAAGUGCUGAAACGUUUGUGUCCCAUAGAGAAGGGAACUGCCUAUCUAAAGACUUUUUUUAGUUUUCAGAGUUUUAGAUUUUAUGUAGAGCAUGACGAAGAGAUGGACAAUAAAUAUUAUACUUUUGAAAAAUUAAAAACCACAACAGUUUAAAGGGGUUGUGUGCGCGACUGCACAGAUUGUGAUCGAACUGAACGGAGCUUCGAAAAAACAUUCUGGUGGCAUUACACUUUUUUUUUUUGGUGGUGGGGGCAUGAUCAUGUACCAGGACUUCUUUUAUUAGUUUCCAUAGGGUAGGGUAGCUUUUUUUCUUUUGGGGUGAGCUGUCUAUCAAAGGGAACAGCAGUAAAGCACAACAUUUAGUAUCUUACUCUUUUUUUAAUUUUAUUUAUUCUCAUACAUUUUGUUUUCUAUUUUUUUUCUGGACAAUGUGCAACGCCUUUCUUGGGAAGCUGCUAUUGUUGUUCACUGUGGAAUAGAGGAACUUCUAGUCAUCUUUGUCUCCUCAUGUCUUUCAUUUUCUUUGUCCAGUAAAAUGCUGUGUGUGCGUGUGUGUGUGUGUGUGUGUGUGUGUGAGAGAGAGCGAGAGAGAGACCCCAGCCACAUGUGACGUAUGCAAUAAACCGUUUACUGGGUUGCCGUAGCAGCAGGCGUCCAGAGAGGUUGUACAAACUUUGCAAUCCAAGCACAAUGUGCACAUGUGACCAUUUUUAUGCAGGAAAAAAAAAGACGUGUUUAUACAAGAGUUGAAUCUUUGUGCUUUAAAUUGCUUUUUAAGAAGUUGUAAAAUAAAGGCCUCUUUUUCCUAAAUGUGUCUGCCUUUGUUUCCGCUGAUUUGA